UAUAAAAUUGCUGCAAGAAGCCAAGCGCUGCUUUUCACAUAGCCGCAGACAGACUUCCUUUACUGAACGUAUUCUGCGUAGAGCAUCCCCGCCAGCCUCCAAAGGAGAGAGAGGAUAAUGUAAUCGCCGAAAUGCCGAGGAGUUCCUCCGAGCACAGACUACGGAGAAGACGGGAGCAGGGAGGCUCUAUAACCGGAGAGUGCAUCACAAAUUGAAAAGUAACUUCGGGGCGGCGCAGGGCUGCGAGGCCGGGCAGCAGGCGGGGAAGGGGAGCCCGCAGCCACAUGGUAUAUUCCUGCCCCCGCCGCUCUCCUCUCUCUCUUCGGGGGCUUCUCCCCGGCCGUGUCCCCCCUCCUGCCGCCGCCUUCGCCUCUCCCCCUGCCGCAGGCUGCAGAAUGGGACACGCUGGUUCCCCCGCCAGCCGGCAGCUGUCACACGGCGCAGGCAGCCAGCAGCCGGGGCGAGGAGCGAGCCUACCCUGUCAUUUAGGAUGACUCACUGGAACCUGGCGUUAAUUCCUCUUUUUCUGAUAGCGGACGGAGAACGACCAAAAAGCUACACUGGACUAGACCAAGGGGAAGGAGUCAAGACACAUGACAAAAAUCAUAGAGUGAAAUAGCUGGAAGUCCACCCACUGGGAAAGGCUGGAUGGCAGAACCACUGUGCAAAGCUGCUGUAAAGAAAUGCAAAGAAACUAUGCCCCAGACGCCAAUAUUUUCCAGCAUGCUUGGUUCCAGUUGUAGUGGGCAAGUGCAGCCAGACAUGGGAGAGAGAUGUGUGGACCCUGUUUAUCAGGAUGGGAACCUCGUUUCUGGAUCACUGGAGGCCUUGAUAGAGCGCCUGGUGCCCACCAUGGACUAUUACCCAGAUAGAACUUACAUCUUCACUUUCCUACUGAGCUCACGAGUCUUCAUUCACCCACACGAGCUCCUGGCUAAAGUGGGGCAGAUCUGCAUUAAACAGAAGCAGCAGCUGGAAACGGGGACUGAGGCAGAAAAGGCAAAACUAAAAUCCUUCGCUGCCAAAAUCAUUCAGCUCCUGAAGGAAUGGACUGAAACUUUCCCCUAUGAUUUCCAAGAUGAAAAAUCCAUGAAAGAGUUGAAGGAGAUUGCUCACAGGAUCACACAAUGUGACGAGGAAAAUGGAACAGUGAAAAAGAUCAUUAGCCAGAUGACACAGAAUCUCCUGAUGGCCCUCUCUGCACGGAGCCAAUACCAGGAAAUCAGAGAGAAAUUCCGCCAGCCUGUUACUGACAAGGGCACCAUCCUCAAAACCAAGCCCCAGUCAACUCAAAAGGACAUCCUGAGUGUGUGCUGUGACCCUCUGAUCCUGGCACAGCAGCUGACCUACAUCGAACUGGAAAGGGUGAGCAACAUUUACCCAGAGGAUCUGAUGCAGAUUGUCAGCCACAUGGACUCCCUGGAUAAUCACAAGUGCCGAAGUGAUGUGACCAAAACCUAUAAUUUGGAGGCCUAUGACAAUUGGUUCAAUUGUCUCAGCAUGCUGGUGGCUACAGAGAUCUGUCGGAUUGUUAAGAAAAAGCAGCGCACAAGAAUGGUGGAAUUUUUCAUUGAUGUGGCAAGAGAAUGCUUCAAUAUUGGAAACUUCAACUCAAUGAUGGCUAUUAUCUCUGGCAUGAACUUGAGCCCUGUGGCACGGUUAAAGAAAACCUGGUCCAAGGUCAAAACAGCCAAAUUUGAUGUUUUAGAGCACCACAUGGACCCAUCCAGCAACUUCUGCAAUUACCGCACGGCCCUGCAAGGAGCGGCGCAGCGCUCCCAGACCGCCAACAGCAACCGCGAGAAAAUCGUCAUCCCGGUGUUCAACCUCUUCAUCAAAGACAUCUACUUCCUGCACAAGAUACACACCAACCGCCUGCCCAACGGGCAGAUCAACUUCAAGAAGUUUUGGGAAAUUUCAAGACAGAUUCAUGAUUUCCUGACAUGGAAGCAGGUUGAGUGUCCUUUUGAAAAAGACAAGAAAAUCCAGACCUAUCUACUCACAGCACCUAUUUACAGUGAAGAAGCUCUGUUCAUUGCAUCCUUUGAAAGUGAAGGUCCAGAAAACCACAUGGAAAAAGACAGCUGGAAAACACUCAGGACAACUCUGCUUAAUAGAGCCUGAGACUUUGGGAUCAGACUUUGAAGCACAUCUAAUGGAUAUGUUUUUACAACCUGAAUGAAAGACUUGGACUGAGCUAAUAAGAAAGACCUCACUGGAUGAGGUCUGUUUUGUAUAUACAGUAACUUUUAUGAAAUAAAAUGUGGUAAAUAUUUCACAUGUCAACCUUAAGGCACUUACUGAAGGGUUUUGGUUUUUUAUUUUAAAUAUAAGGGCAGGGCCCUGUUCUCAGAGAUGAAAUGUAUCAUGGGAGAUGGUAUCUUAUUCUAUCAGCAUCCAAAUUUUUAUUUUUUAUUACUUCCACCAAAACAAAUACAAAUUAAAACACACAUCCUAACUGAAGCCAGUGUUCAGGUUAAAUACCCCACUGUACCAAUAUCCUGCAGAACACUCAGUAUGUCUCCCCUUGAAAUGAAGGGUCUCCUUCAAAUCAGCAGAAUUGUUCACAGAUUUGUUCACAAGUGUUUGUUCCUCUCCUCCAUCAGCAAAUAGUGCCUUACAAGGUACUGAGCUUGUGUAGUUGUACCUUCUGCCUGAGCUGGAAGUAAGGGAAAUAAAAAUAUGGAUGUCUCGAAACCAGCUACAAUGUACUUUUUAAAUAAAGUGGAGAAUUAUGGCACAUGAAGUAGAGUAUACCUGCCUGUAACACUGAUGGUGCAGCAAACCUAUUUUUGUUACGUGAUUUAAAGAGAUAAGAGGGGGUAACUGCUGGGGUCUGUGCGUUUGUGUGUGAGUAUGUGUGUGUGCACAUGUGGUGAUGCACACAUGUCUAAGUUUUAAUACUUCUGGGAACUAUCCUUUACAUUCUGGCUGUCAGAAUAGUUUGUGUUUUCCUUUUGAAAAAUCAGGGAUUUUUUUUUGUUUGUUUUGUUUGAAGAGAAGAAUGUGUAACCUAGAUUAUAAUCUCUGCAAAACAGGCCUAAUAUGCUUUUUUAAAAAAGAAUUUUUGGAAAACAGAAAAUCAGCAUGGGAAAGGGAAGUAAACUCAGAUGUCCAGUUUGAAGUGAAGGCUAAAGUUUCCAAAGAAGCUUAAAAAGAGUUCAUUGCUGUGAAUUGGUCAUUUAAUACCAUUGGUUCCUUGGAAAGAACUGGUCUGCACUUACAGACAACUAAAACAAAGACCAAUUUAGAAUGUAAGUUUUUCCAGUCUUUUGCAAGCCAUGAUUAACUGUCUGGGGCAGCACCCAUUGAAAUCUAAGGGCAAACACUAAGAAAUUAGUCAAACCUUUGAACAGGUCAGUACCAAAAUUAGAGGUGAUCUGCAAACCCACUGAUGCUUGCCAUUUCUAAUUUCUCCUUUCAAUAUUGAGUUUACACCUAAUCUGACUAUCUAAGUAACUGAAGAGCUUCUAUUAAGUUCAAGGUAUUCAUUUCCAGGGAGACAAAAAAAAUAUAUAGUUAGGACUUUUGUCAACUGAUUUAAGAAAGAAAAACAAAUAGGCUCAGAUCAAAAACUAUUUUGUCUAAUGAACAAAAUAUUACCCACAAAUACCUACUUUUCUUUUCCAGUAACUUCCUCUGAAGGCUUGAGGGUUGAAUAUAAGAUAAGAUAACUUGAGCCAGACAAUUAGAUUGGGUCUGUCUUUUUUUUCCCCCUCCUUUUUUAUUCUUAAAAAAACCAAAAAAAACCCAAACAAACAAAAAUCAGAACCAGUCCCUCUGAAGUUGACAGUGGUUACAGCCUCCCUAACAGAGGACCUCUGCAAGGACUUCUUUAAAAAUGACCAGCUCUAGGUAGAUGAUGUUUAUCUUGUUCUGCCUUCUGAAAAAGGGGCAGGACUUGCUGGAUUGGGGGCUUGGUUUAUUCCAGUCCAGCAGAUUCUCCUUGCUUGAGUGCCUACAGCCAAGAGCAGUGCCGCUGCUUGAUGCAGCAUCUGCCAGCACUUAGCAGAAAUUUGCUCUAUUGGCCCUGGAGCAUGGUGAAAAAUCAAAAAGCUUUCCCUCCUCUCACUUCCCCCUUGACAAAUACUUAGAGGAGUAAGUUGAUGUGAGGAAGGGAGACAAAUCAACAUUUCGCUAUUCCCAUAGCAUUGGCAUCAAAGAGGAACAAAAGCAAGUUACACCACGAGGAAGGAAGAAGUAGAAUACUAACUGUUAACAAGAACAGCCCGGGAAAGGGAUAAUUCUUAUGACCUGCUGCUAUUUUUCCUGUGCUGAAGUACUGGCUUUCAGCCCUGGAUUCCAGUAAAGAAUAUUUAUACUGUAUUAUUACAGUGUUUUGCACUUUCAGAGAUGUUCUAGCUAGUAACAUUGUCAGACACUAUAUGAGGGAUUGUAUAUCAGCUUUGUUUAUGUAACUGAAGUUUAAAAGGGAUGCUUAAAAUUUAAGAAAAAAAAUAUAUAUUUGAAAUUCAAUUUUAGAACACUUUCUGUAAAUGUAUAAAAGAGCUUUCACAUGAAUGUGCACUUCACCGGUCAAUCAGUCCAAGUAUAUACUUGAAAUCCAUGCAGUAUCUACAUUGGUUCCCUCUUAAUUUUCCUCCCUAAGUUUGAUACAUUCCCUAAAUACCGUGUUUUGCUAUUCUGAGCUGAAAUGCUAAAUAUAAAGCUGUACCAUAAAGCAGGAUAUUCUGUGUUUGACUGGAUGUGCUUGCAUUAAUAAAAAAAAAGAAAUUGCUUCAACCUUGA